GAACAUGUUUAUGAAGACACGAUACUGUUUGUGAAAGCAAUAAACGUGAAAAGUAUUUUCAUCUGCAAAUAUGUCAAAUAAACAUUUAUUUCAAAAAUUUGGAUUCUUACGUGCACCGUUUGGCAUUGGUGUUGGUCGUUAUGUGUGUCAGUUACAGAGAAUAACUAUAAAAUUUUGUAAAAGUCACGGUUGUAGUCUUGGAAUUAGGAGUUUCUUAGAACAUGAUUUAAUUGAUUAUGCAAAACAAAAUCCUGGAGUUGUAGUGUAUGUUAAACCAAGAAGGCAUAGAAGUCCAGUUUUAAAAGCUGAAUAUUUAAAUGGAGAAACAAGUUGGAUAUGUAUUGCUAAUUUUAGUAGGCAAGAUAUUAUACAAUGGAUGGAAUUAUUGAAAACUCAGUAUCAUGAUGGUCCAGCUCUUAGAUUACUUAAAUUAUGGCAUACAGACUUUCCUUCCAUUCAAGGACCUUGGACACCAUUUACUUUUAAAAAUCCAUCUUUGAAUCAAAUUAAAUUCCCAGAUAAAAAGAUUGGUGAAGCCCUUAAAUUCAAACCAACAGCAACAGAAGAAUUAAUUAGAUUGUUUGAAGAGCAGCAAGAAGCUGAAAAGUUCGACCAAGAAAUUCCAGUUCAAAAAGGUGUUAGUUAAAUGACAAUUUCAACCAUUUUUAGUCAUUAAAAAUUUUAAACUAGA